AUGCUGUCAUUGAGACACAUUUGGAUUAUUUUUACCGAUAUUUCUCACUCCUUAUUUGGGUCGCCCAUCUUUGAAGCAGGGUCCCAAAUUCCCAUCAAAUUCGAUUCAUCCCACACAGUCACGGAGAUAACUGUUGGCGAUGACUACCCUGGAUACCCUGACUUUGUUCCUGCUGGCAGCAACAUCCACAAGUUCAAAUGCCAGUACCCCAGUUUGAAAGGCUGGCACUACUGCGGUGAUUCUGAAAACCAAUCAUGCUGGCUACGCAACCCUGAGACCGGAGAUGAGUUCAACAUCCACACCAACUAUGAAGAUGUGAUGCCUAUCGGCGUUGAUCGAUACUAUACCCUCAACGUUACGGACGGCUGGAUCAACGCAGAUGGCUUGAACUUCACUGAGGCGAAACUUUUUAACAAUCAAUUUCCCGGGCCUUUGAUCGAAGCUUGUUGGGGAGACAGAGUUCACAUCAAAGUUGAAAACUACUUGAACCACAAUGGGACCAGCAUCCAUUGGCAUGGUAUCAGACAAAAGGAUACCAUGCACAUGGAUGGCGUCAACGGUCUUACUCAGUGCCCUGUUGCCCCGGAAGACUACUUUGAAUACAAAUGGAAUGCCACACAGUAUGGUAGCUCAUGGUACCACAGCCACUACUCUGUGCAAUAUGCCGACGGAUUGCAGGCACCCAUCACUAUUCAUGGACCUACAUCAGACCCAUAUGAUGAGGCGGUAGAUCCCAUCAUUAUCACAGACUGGCUACACAAUAGUUCCUUCGAAGCACUUUAUACAGGAGUAACCCCAGCUUACAAAAGAGAUAUCCUUUUGGGCGGUCCCGGACAUGUAGUUGGGGACAUUCACCGCUUCAAUCACGCUUUGCAAGCUGAACUACCGAUACCUAAACCUUAUGAGAUACACUUCGAACCCAUUGCUGCCAAUACUCUUACCAAGGCCAAACGGUACCUUCUGCGUGUCAUUAGCACAUCGUUCGACACAAGUUUCAUUUUCUCCAUUGACAACCACAUUCUCACGAUAGUCGAAGCCGACUUUGUGCCAGUCACACCUAUUAAUACUACCUCUGUUUUGGUUGCGAUUGGGCAGCGGUAUCACAUCAUUGUGGAGGCUAACCCGGUCCGCAACUGCUCUGACUCUCGCCAAAAUCCUAUUCCCAAGGAUGGCAAUUUUUGGAUUCGCACUUUUGUUCCAGAGUCUUGUGGUGUUCCCGGCACCACUCCAAAAUACACGGAGAUGGGAAUCUUACGCUAUAACAAGGACAGCAAGAAGAAGCCUCGCAGCAAGCCGUGGAAUGUCAAUAUGACCUGUUCUGACACAGAGAUUAACUCGAAGCUCCAGCCUAUCGUCCCAUGGACGGUGGGUAAGCCUGCCAAUGGUAAGACUGGCGAAGACUUCAACGUGUCAUUUCUUCAAGGCGAAGGCCAGUAUGGCACGGCAUUCAUUUCCCUCGAUCGUGCCGGCAGCAAGUCUCAAGAUCCUUUUCAAACCAACUAUGGGAACCCGACGUUCUUGAACCUCGAAAAUGUUGGCGACAAAUGGCCGGUAGGGUGGGUAGUUGUCCCUGAGAACUACACGGAGAAUGAUUGGGUCCAUCUGGUUCUCUUCGGUGCAACCAACAACACCGGAGGACCUCAUCCGAUUCAUCUCCAUGGGCACGAUUUCGCAAUUCUUCAGGAGGUAGACAACCAGCAGUGGAGCCCGGAGAUCUACAAUGCCAGCAAGAACAACCUUAACAACCCAGCACGCCGUGAUGUUGUGCUACUUCCUAAGGCCGGUUACGUUGUUAUCGGAUUCAAGACCGACAAUCCCGGGGUAUGGCUGAUGCACUGCCAUAUCGCUGCGCAUGCUGCAGGUGGGCUGUCACUGCAAAUCAUGGAGCGGCAGCAGGCCGCCAAUCAAAUAUGGCCUGCUGGUGACUCCAAAGCGCUUGCUGAGGCACAUAGAGUGUGCGCGAACUGGAAUAGCUGGGCGUAUGACUGUAGGAAUUACUGGCCUGGCCAAGUACCCAAAAAGCAAAAGGUAAAGAAGCAUGGGAAGAAGAAGGACCGCGAGGUUGAGAUGCAUUAUCCAGCCUGCGAGGAUGCAGUUAAUUUGCAGAAUGAUUCCGGGGUUUGA